GUCCUAGCACGGGAACGACGUGCCCCAUCCACGUUUGCUAAAUGUCUGUCCUUCUCACCCACCACUAACCAGCAGUCAUGUUGCUGCCCGUGUCGGCCAGGGGCAAGGGCAGACCCGCCGCUCGCAACAGACCGCUCGCCGUCGUGUUUGUCGUCGUGCUGACGGCGCUUGGCUUCCUGGCAUGGCUGAACCUCGUGCCAUCGACUCGCGUCGGCUUUCGCGAAGCCUCUUCCUUCUCCUCGCCGUCGGACAGCACCAGCACCAGCUCCGACACACACAGUGCGACGCUGGCACUGGAGGCACUGGCAGAAGCGGCAGCCGCCACGAGCAGUGCCGCAGACACGGCCGCUGUCCCAGCACCCUCGUCGCUGCAGGCCGACGAAGAGGUGUCAGGCGGAGCGACGCAGGGGAAAGACGGCAACCUCUACCCGCCCACGUUUGUCCCGUCGCAGGCCAACACACAGCCGCGCGUCAACGCUGGCUUCAUCGUGCUCGUGCGCAACGAAGAGCUCGAGGACAUGAAGAGCAGCAUGCGCCAAGUGGAGUACCGCUUCAACCGAAAGUACGGCUAUCCGUGGAUCUUUCUCAAUGACCAACCGUUCACCGACGAGUUCAAGGACGGCGUGCGCAAGGUGACGCGGAGCGAGGUGCGCUUCGGCCAGGUGCCCCACGAGCACUGGAGCUACCCGUCGUGGAUCAGCGAGGACAAGGCGGCCGAGACACGCGAGCGGAUGAAAAACGUCGUCUACGGCAGCUCCGAGUCGUACCGGCACAUGUGCCGCUGGAACUCGGGCUUCUUCUUCCGCCACAACCUCACCCUCGAUCUCGACUACUACUGGCGCGUCGAGCCGGGCAUCAAGCUCUACUGCGACGUCGACUAUGAUCCAUUUGCAUUCAUGCAGCUCAACAACAAGACGUAUGGAUUCACCAUCACCGCCCGCGAGUUUAGAGAGACGGUGCCCACGCUGUGGCAGACGACCAAGGCGUUCAUGGACGAGCACCCCGAGCACGUGGCUGAGAGGAACAUCAUGCAGUUCCUGACGGCCACUGAAGGCGGCGACGACUGGAACACCUGCCACUUCUGGUCCAACUUUGAGAUUGGCGACCUCAACUUCUUCCGCUCAAAGGCCUAUCUCGACUUCUUUGACUAUCUCGACAAGCAGGGCGGCUUCUUUUACGAGCGGUGGGGCGACGCGCCCGUGCACACCAUCGCCGCCAGCCUGCUCCAGGACAAGUGCAAGGUGCACCACUUUGACGACAUUGGCUACAAGCACUCGUCCUGGGACCACUGCCCCGCCAAUGGCGCCUACCACGACAGCGGCCGGUGCGACUGCAACCCCUCGCAGAGCUUCGACCGCCACUCGUGGUCCUGCCUCAACCUCUGGUGGGCUUCGUCCGAUGAGGGCUAUCCGAGCUAUGCCGUGCCAUGAUCGAUCGUUAUUUGCAAUAGAGAAAAG